UUUGACUCCAAGACAAGCCCGUUGGCAUUGCUGGCACAGACAUGUAGCGCAAUUGGUUCCGAUUCACCUAAUCCAAAACUUCUGGCCAACAUAGAAAAGAGUACAAAAAACAACCGGGACAAACUGUCACCUGGUACACUAUCCAGUGGGUCUUCAAAUGAUACUCCAAAAUCGAGUUUCAAGCCAUACGAGCCAUCUACGGUGAAUCAUGACCGAACUAAGUCACCAGAUGACAGUCAUCAUUCAAGUGCGAAAAAUAAAUCUCCUAAACGGUCCAUCAGCGCAUCUAAUAUACAACCCCAAAAUGGUCGCUGUGAAUCAAACCAAAGUGCUGCUUCAUCUCGAUCUUCUCCCUCGAAUCACAACCGAAGAACUCCUGGUAGCUCGCACCAACAACAAGAGCGCAACAAUAGUCCAAAUCGUGCCUCAUCCAAAGAUUCACCGAAUACGUUGAGCAGUUCUAUGGAACCCGCAACCUUAAAAACACUUACGGAAUCUGCAAGCAAGGAUCCCAGCAGUAACGGUGAAAGCAAUGUGAGAGCAUCCACUUCAGCUCCAGCCUCUACUACAGUUGGACCACCGUACUAUUCCGGAUACGGAAGCUAUCCAAUGGAUCUUAUGACUGCUAGUGCACUGAUGUCACCGCACCACCAAAUGUUCAAAGCAGCGACUAUGAACCCUUACUUCAAUUACUCCAAAAUGAAAAUGCCAGGAGCACCUGACUCGAUGAUCCCAGUGUGUCGUGAUCCCUACUGUACUGGUUGUGCCUUAAGCUCUCAUAUGCUGGGAAAACUCGGAUCGUCCGGUUGUCCAGCGGGCUGUACUCAAUGUGACCAUCCAGGAAGCAAAUCUUAUUCACAAGCUGCAGCAGCAGCAUCCUUAGCCGCUAGUCAAUCAUCCGCUGCUAUGUAUGCUCAUGCUCAACUUGCCGCACUGGCGGCAGCUUCUCAGUUACCUUACGUAUGCAACUGGAUAGGCAGUGAUUCAUCCUAUUGUGGAAAGCGAUUCGCAGCUUCCGAAGAACUGUUUCAACAUCUGCGAACGCAACACGCUGCCGGUCUUUCAAUGUCAGAAGCUCUGCUUAACCCUGCCACAGCAGCUGCAGCCGCGGCAGGAUUACCUCCAUCCCAUCCACUGUUCCAAAGAACUUAUCCAACACCACCCUUAAGUCCCAUGUCAACUGCCCGCUAUCAUCCCUACGGAAAACCAUCUCUACUCCCUCCUUCCAUGUCUCCGGCCUCUUUAGUCGGUAUUCAGAUGCCACCACAUCCUUCACUAGCGCAGUACUUUCCUCCGUAUUCGUUCUAUGGAGCGCGAUUAAACGGGUCAAAUAAUAUGCAUCCCUAAACGUUUUGUUCGGUUUGUAAAUAAUUUAUCGUUUUCUUAUGAAAUGUUAGUCAUCGGAAAGGAAAUUUUAAUGUAAUAAAACGAUACUUUGUCGAACUCUAGGCACUCUAUUGCAAUAUUUCAGAGAAGGAAAAAAUAAAAUAUUUUCUUGGAACA